AGGCGACGUCGAAGGGAACCACUUGCGAUGGGCCGGCAAUGGCCGAGGCAGUCGGAGCUCGAUCGGGGACGCGGCACAGAAGCGAUGCUGGGAAUGGCGAGCGCAAUAGGUCAAUAGCAGUCUGGACGAAACGGAGGAUGAGGAGAGGAUGAUGUAAAAUAGAUGACCGGAGUAGAUAGCUGCUGUGCUAGUGAGUGAGGGACGUUGCAGAAGUCUAAGAAAAAGUUGUUGAGUGUGCUCGAGCUCUGACUUUUAUUUUAUUCCACUGCUCCCCCCAUCGUCCCUGCCUUUCCACCCUCUUCACUUUCUUUGGCUCUCCUCUCUCAAGUCGGUGAGCAACUCGACCAAAGACCUGACCAGAACAGUCCUGUUGUGGCUCGGGGAACACAGAAGCCUGUCGCUGUCACUGCCUGUGUCGAGCAUUGAGUGUUCGCUGGCUCGUCACCUCAUCCCCGACAUUUACGAUUCUCACCCCACUCGGUCGACUGUUGUCGCACUGAGCUCUUCCACCGACUCCACGACUUCCCUAGUCUCGACCUGAUCCUGCUGGAUUAGCCUGUACCGAGCCAUGCUGGUGUCCUCUGCAUUCAAAAGAGCUCCAGUGCGAAGGUUGGCUGCUGGUGCUUUGGCUGUACGAGCACAAGCACCCUCCUCGGCAAUCCGCUCAGCGCCCAGCUUGAGACUGCCUCGUCCUACCCCUGCCUUGACCUCCUCCUUCUCGACUUCGGCGAAGAUGGCUUCCUCGGAGCCCCCCAAAGCCUCUAGUCAAACUUACGACCCUGAAAUCACCGACAUUGCAUCCUACGUGCACAACUACAAGAUUGACUCGGAACUUGCCCUCGAUACCUCUCGCUAUAUCCUGCUCGACACGAUUGGCUGUGGUCUGGAGGCCCUCCGCUUUCCUCAGUGCACAGCUAUCCUAGGCCCUCUUGUUCCAGGAUCCAGGAUUCCUCAUGGAACUCGAGUUCCAGGAACACCGUUUGAGCUGGAUCCAGUGAACGGUGCUUUCAACAUUGGCGCUAUGAUCAGGUGGCUGGAUUAUAAUGACUGCUGGCUGGCUGCGGAAUGGGGUCAUCCAUCGGACAAUCUUGGUGCUAUUCUUGCGGUUGCUGACUGGAUGGCCCGGACAAACAGAGCUGGCGGCAAAGUCGGCAAUGGCAAGAUCCCCACCGUCCGAGAUGUUUUGGAAGGCAUGAUUAAAGCCCAUGAGAUCCAAGGGUGCUUGGCUCUAGAAAACUCCUUCAACCGAGUCGGCUUGGACCAUGUCGUCCUCGUGAAAGUGGCCUCGGCUGCCGUGGUCAGCAAGAUGCUGGGUCUCGACGAGGGCCAGACGGCUGCUGUUGUCUCUCAAGCGUUUGUCGAUGGACAGAGCUUGCGAACCUACCGACACUCACCCAAUACCAUGUCCCGCAAGUCGUGGGCUGCUGGAGAUGCCUGCCAAAGAGCUGUAAACCUUGCAUUCAAGGUCCUGCAAGGCCAGGCCGGCGUCCCCACGGUGCUGUCGGCUCCUGUCUGGGGUUUCUAUGAUGUUCUCUUCAAGGGCAAGAAGUUUGAGUUCCAGCGUCCUUAUGGCUCCUACGUCAUGGAGAACGUCUUGUUCAAGGUGUCGUACCCGGCCGAGUUCCACUCGCAGACCGCCGUCGAAGCUGCACAAAAGAUCUACAAGAUUCUUGCCGACAUGGGCAAGUCAGCGAAGGACAUCAAAGAGAUUACCAACCGAACCCACGAAGCUUGCAUCCGAAUCAUUGACAAGCAAUUUAAGCCCAUGGACAAUUUCGCCGACCGAGACCACUGCGUUCAAUAUAUGGUUUCCACCAUGUUGUGCUUCAACCGUUUGGAAGCUACCGACUACGUUGACGGCAGCGAGGCCGCCACAUCUCCUCUGGUAGAAGACCUUCGAAAGCGCAUCAAGUGUGUUGAGGAUCCUCAGUUCACCAAGGAUUACCACGACCCUGCCUUGAGAACGAUUUCCAAUGCUCUGACCGUCACAUUGAACGACGGAACGGUGCUGGAUGAAGUCGUGGUGGAGGCACCACUUGGUCACCGUUUGCGAAGAGAUGAGGCCAAGCCCGAGAUUUUGGCCAAGUACAAGAGACAUUUGAGCCACCACUUCCCAGAGGCCAAGAUCAAGGAGCUUCUGGAGCUGGGCACUGAUGCCUCGAAGCUGGACUCGAUGGAUGUUGACAAAUACGUGGACCUAUACGUCAAAGAGAAGAUGGAGUGGUAGGUUGCUGAGCCAGUCUGCUAGGAGAUUUGCACAUUACAAAAAGGAGUGGUGUCUUGGAAUCUAGCUGUCCAUCAAUCUGUUAUUCUUUGGGUCGCCCAGAAUGCUAGGUUAUCCAAUAUAUUCAAUGUUGAAACACGAGCUCUGCGAGAGAGUCAAAGCGCAGCGUGAUGGGCCAGUGACUGGCCUUACAAGCUUCUACCGAGGAUGCCCUCCGCCGUCCGCCAUCCUUCCACGACUUUAGGACUUUGGAAUUGCAAAAAGCAUGUUGUAUACGAGCCAUACUUGAGUAUUCUUGUUUCAGGCCACAGACUCGUAUCGGUACGUUUCGAUCCGAUCUGAUCAAAGUCCCUUGAAAAGUCCCUUGAAUCUAGAAUGCUCUCCAUAAC